AUGGAGGAUGGUGUGGCUAAGGUUAGAGCAGAGCAGUACAAAGGAAGAAUCACAAUUCAUGUCAUCAUUGCUUGCAUUGUUGCUGCCACUGGCGGCUCUCUCUUUGGCUAUGAUGUUGGAAUUUCAGGAGGAGUUACUUCUAUGGAUGACUUUCUUCUCAAGUUUUUCCCCUCGGUGUACAAGCAAAAAAUGCACGCGCACGAAAACAACUACUGCAAGUAUAACAAUCAAGUCCUUGCAGCAUUCACUUCUGUUUUAUACAUUUCUGGUUUAUUUGCAUCAUUGGUGGCAUCACCCGUUACAAGAAAGUACGGGCGGAGGACUAGUAUCAUAGUGGGCGGUAUCAGCUUUCUCAUCGGGUCAGUUCUGAAUGCUGCAGCUGCUAAUCUAGCUAUGCUUAUCAUAGGUCGAAUUAUGCUUGGUGUUGGCAUUGGUUUUGGAGAUCAGGCGAUUCCACUUUACUUGUCAGAGAUGGCGCCAACGCACCUACGAGGAGGCCUAAACAUGAUGUUUCAAGUUGCAACCACUCUGGGCAUUUUUACAGCAAAUAUGAUCAAUUUUGGUACACACAAUAUCAAACCAUGGGGGUGGAGGCUGUCCCUUGGACUUGCUGCAAUACCAGCUCUUUUGAUGACUGUUGGAGGAAUAUAUAUUCCAGAUACUCCAAAUAGCUUAGUAGAGCGAGGAUCAACGGAAAAAGGGAGGAAAAUCCUUGAAAAAAUCAGAGGAACUAAUGAUGUUGAUGCGGAGUUUCAAGAUAUGGUUGAAGCAAGCGAGUUAGCAAACUCAAUAAAGCACCCUUUUCGGAACAUACUUGAAAAAAGAUACAGACCUGAGUUGAUCAUGGCUAUCUUCAUGCCUGCAUUUCAGAUUCUUACUGGCAUAAAUUCAAUUCUGUUUUAUGCUCCAGUACUUUUUCAAAGCAUGGGAUUUGGCAGAGACGCGUCUCUUUACUCCUCAGCCUUGACCGGUGGAGUUCUUCUCUUAUCAACAUUUAUUUCUAUUGCAGCAGUAGAUAAAUUGGGGAGAAGACCUCUACUCAUCAGCGGUGGAAUAGUAAUGAUUAUAUGUCAGGUUAUAGUUGCUAUAAUUUUGGGGCUGAAGUUUGGAGAGAACCAGGAACUAUCAAAAGGCUAUUCAGUAUUGGUUGUAAUUUCAAUAUGUCUAUUUGUUCUAGCUUUUGGAUGGUCAUGGGGGCCACUAGGCUGGACAGUCCCAAGUGAGAUAUUUCCAUUAGAAAUCCGAUCAGCCGGGCAGAGUAUAACCGUCGCUGUAAACCUUCUGUUCACUUUCAUGAUCGCGCAAGCGUUCCUUUCCCUUCUAUGCUCAUUCAAGUUUGGGAUCUUCCUGUUUUUUGCUGGUUGGAUAACCAUGAUGACCAUAUUUGUUGUUUUGUUCCUACCUGAAACCAAGGGAAUUCCAAUCGAAGAGAUGGCAUUUAUGUGGAGGAAACACUGGUUCUGGCAAAGGAUACUUCCAGAUAAAUUGUAA